UCAAUCUUCACAUAUUCAAAAAAACAAAAACAAAAAAAAAUCAAUAACCAUAAUCUUCUUUCUUCUCGAUCGACGACGUAUCUGAAUUUUAACGAAUUCAGGAACAAGAAAAACGAAGUUCGAUUGUAUAGGAGAAGAAGGAUUAAUUCUAUGGAUUUGUGGCGGCAGUUUGUGGCGAGCAAUUGGGGAAGAGAAUUCGUGGCCGGAGGAGCCGGUGGAACCGCCGGUGUUCUUGCCGGAUAUCCUCUCGACACGCUGAGAAUCCGGCAGCAGAAUUCGGCCGGAGAAUCGGCUUUCACCAUCCUCCGCAGUGCCCUCGUCAAAGAGGGCCCAUGUAGCCUCUACCGCGGGAUGUUUGCUCCCCUGGCUUCUGUUACUUUCCAGAACGCAAUUGCCUUCCAGACGUACGCAACCCUAUCACGAGCGAUCGACGGAGACUGCGAGGGACCCCCGUCCUUCGGAUCCGUAGCCCUAGGCGGGAUUGGGACGGGGGCCACACAGAGCCUCCUCCUGAGCCCGGUCGAGCUACUCAAAAUCCGCCUACAACUCGACAACAAAGCUGGGACCCUGCGCGGCCCCAGGGACGUGGCGAGGAGCAUAAUCCGGUCCGAGGGGUGGCGCGGGAUCUACCGCGGCCUAGGCAUCACCGUGCUCCGCGACGCCCCCUCCCACGGGGUCUACUUCUGGACGUACGAGUACGUCCGGGAGCAGCUGCACCCGGGGUGCAGGAAGGCCGGGGACGAGACGCUGCGGACCAUGAUGGUGGCCGGGGGGCUGGCCGGGGUGGCGAGCUGGGUGUGCUGCUACCCGUUGGACGUGAUCAAGACGAGGAUGCAGGCGCAGUCGAGCUCCUCCUACGCCGGGAUGGUGGAUUGCUUCGCCACCAGCGUGAGGAGGGAGGGAUACAGCGUGCUGUGGAGGGGGCUCGGGACGGCCGUGGCGCGGGCUUUCGUCGUCAACGGAGCUGUUUUCGCGGCGUAUGAGACGUCGCUCCGAUGCAUAUAUAAGUAGGUUUUCCGGUUGGGGUUUGUGUGGAUCGGUGUAUAUCUAACCCUAGUUUAAUGUAGCACCAUCUGUGUAUACUGUAUA